AUGUGCUGCCUCUUGAUCUGCGGGUCCAUCUCUGGCUUGAGUCUCGGCCUGAAGUACGUCAGGGCUCACGAGAUCGGCAUCCCAGAGGUCAACAUCUCGGUGUUUUCGACGAGCAUGCUUGGCGUCAGCCUGCUGCUGCUCCUGUACAUGAACGUGGUGAGGCGCUGGGAGGACAACUUCGACACCUGGCCCUGGAAGCAGCAGAACUCUGCCAAGUCCAAAUUCUACUGCCCUUUCACAGGAGAUCAGGUGGCCAUGCGCUGCCCGUGCUGUGAGGCCUUUGUGAGCGAGGCAGCGUUCCACAACAAGGACAUGCUGACAACAUUCCUGGUGGGAGAGGGCGUGCUGGGCUGGCCCAAGGCCCACAAGGCGCUCAAAAUGACGGAUGACCCGGCAAAGGGCAGGAUGAUGUUGGACGAGGGGCUGGAUCUGCGGGGCAACUUCUACUUUGGGGCGGUGGGGGCCUGCUGCGUGGGCUGCGCCGCCUGGCAGCGGAAUUUCAACCUGCUGCCGCGCUGGGCGCUGACGGCCGCCUGCCUGUCGCUCGUGGGCACCUACACGCCCUGGGCCUUUGGGCAGAGCCUCGCCAAUCUCAAGUCCUGGGGCGGCAAGCUGCAGGCGCUGGCGGAGGUGUUUGGCCUGUUCUUUGGCACCAGCUGCCUGCUUGUGCAGCUGCAUUCAAUGGCGGACGCAGUAGCUUUCAUGACGAAAUACGCCGGCAGGAUUCCCUUCCCCGCUCCAGUGAUGCUGCCGGACAGGCGGUGGAUGCAGCGUCUUGUAGAGGCAUUCGCGGGCUCACCCACUUCACAAUGA